UGUGUGAAAAAAAAAACAGAGCAGUGUAAAUAGUCGGAAAUGCCGCGAGAUAUUUAUUCGCUUAAGGUGAGUGAGCUAAAGGCUGAGCUCGCGAAACGAGGAUUGCCGACGCGAGGUAAUAAAGCCAGCCUUUUAGCGGAAUUAAUAGAAGCCCUCACGAACGAAGGAUUCGACCCGGAUACCUACGAAUUCCCGGAAGCGAAAGAAUUAUCGGAUGACUCGGAAACUGAACAAUCCCCCGAGCAGGCACCAACCAAAACCGACAAAAUAAUGGAAAUGCUGUCAGCUAUGACAUCGACGAUGAAUUAA